UUAACUGGACCGACUGGUGCUCACUUGACUUCUUCUAUUUCUCUUCGUUCUUCUUUAUUGUUCUUAUUUCUAAGAUUACUAAUCACUUGCGAGGCCGAAUAUUUUUCACCCUUGCAACAUUUAUUGAAAACAUAAUUUUGUGACGCUGAAUGAUGCUCAUGAGCAUAGAGAAAGAAAAGGUGAGCUGAUCUGCUGAACUGAUCAUCUCAAACAUCAUGGAGUUCUCACUGGCUCAUCCGGCUGUGAAAGCCUUCAUGUGCGGCUCUCUGAGCGGGACGUGCUCCACUCUGCUCUUCCAGCCUCUGGACCUGGUGAAAACACGUCUGCAGACCCUACAGAACGGCGUCCAGCACGGGUCGGGUCGGGUCGGCAUGGUCACGGUGUUUGUGAGUGUCCUGCGCACAGAGAAGCUCCUCGGACUGUGGAGAGGCGUUUCGCCUUCGUUUGUGCGCUGCAUUCCAGGAGUCGGCAUCUACUUCAGCACGUAUUUCACUCUAAAGCAGCGUUUUUUUGCCGACGGGGCCCCGGGGCCCUUACAGGCCGCACAGCUGGGAGCCGGAGCCAGAUGUGUUGCGGGCGUCUGCAUGCUGCCCGUCACCGUCAUCAAAACACGAUUUGAGAGCGGCCGCUAUAAGUACAGCAGUGUGUUCGGAGCGCUGCAGUGUGUGUGUCGGACGGAGGGACCGAAGGCUUUGUUUUCAGGUCUGACUGCCACGCUGCUCAGAGACGCGCCAUUCUCUGGGAUAUACGUCAUGAUCUACAGCCAGGCCAAAUACACGCUGCCACGAGAGAUCAGUCAGUCGUCUUACGCUCCGUUAGCAAACUUCAGCUGCGGGGUUCUGGCUGGCAUCCUGGCCUCCAUUGUAACCCAGCCAGCAGAUGUGGUGAAAACUCACAUUCAAGUGAGUCCAGACGUCUUCAGCAGGACAUCAGAUGUGGUGCAAUUCAUUUACAAGGAGCACGGGUUGGUGGGGUUUUUCCGUGGCGCGGUUCCUCGCUCGCUCAGGAGAACCAUGAUGGCGGCGAUGGCGUGGACGGUGUACGAGCAGCUGAUGGCUCAGAUGGGCCUCAAAUCCUGAGACCGAUCACAACCACAUCACACACUGAACCAAAUCUUCACACGGGACGUCUGAUGUUUUAGUGUUUGACUCGGAGAUCCUCGACGGCGAGGCUCAUGUGGAUCAGAAAAUCCGAUUGUUUAACUGACCGUGAUCUGCGCAGUUUUGAGUUUCAAUGAAAACACAAAUGUGAACUUUAAAAUGCACUUUAAUAUGUCCGCUCGGCUUCUCUUGUCUACAUGUGCACUUUAUGAGAGGCUUUAAGACAGUCAUAUGUUUGCUUUUAUAGUCUUUUUGUUAUGUACAUCUAUUUGACCAGAGUUAACAGGAGAAGUGCUAACAAUACAACGUUUCUAACAUCGUCCAGAAUAGUACAAUUGUUAUGUUGAAAUUUAAAUAUGGUUAUGACUGACAGGAUAACUUUAUAUGUUGUGCAACCAAAUAAAAUAGUUAAACACACGAGACUGAGAAACAAACAGUUUUUUACAGUCUGAUUGAGGGUCAUCGGCCGAAAUGAAGACUUUCUGAAUGAAGAGCAGAUAAGAGCGCUGACCUCCAGCCUCUUACGCAAAACCCUUUAAACGAGUCAAAGGAGAGUACACAAACUAUUACAAGACAGCAGUGAUUACAUGUGACAUGCUGAAAAUGUGUAAUGCUUUAGAUAUGUUUGUUUGACAUGUUCAGUAGCCUAUUGCAACAUAGA